CCCAUUGGAAAGGUGAGACCGGGAGUUUGACGAUUGAUGAAAGGAAGCUGAAAUUUCAGGUGGACAAUGGCGUCAAUAGCUCUCAGUGUUCAAGCCUUUAACUCUCUUUCUCUUUCUACAACUUCUUCUCUUCAGAGGAACCAAAUUUCUGCUCUCUCUCACCUCCCCAUUUGCAGUUCAAAUCUGUCCAGAUAUAGCAAAAAUAGCAUCAAAUUCAACGGAAAUGUAAUCUCAAGAACAGGAAAUGUGGAACCCACAAAGAUUCGGGCGAUGUCGUCCGAUUCAGGAUUGGAAGACACUGUGAAGAAGACUGUUAGCGAGAACCCUGUUGUGGUUUACUCCAAAACUUGGUGUUCGUACUCUUCUGAGGUUAAAUAUUUAUUCAAGAGCCUUGAUGUGGAGCUGCGUGUUAUUGAAUUGGACGAAUUGGGUUCUGAAGGACUGCAACUGCAGAAGGCACUUGAAAAGCUUACUGGUCAACAUACCGUUCCCAAUGUGUUUAUAGGGGGAAGGCACAUUGGUGGUUGUACAGAUACUGUCAAACUACACCAGAAAGGAGAACUCGAACCUUUGCUGUCAGAAGCUGGUGCCAAAAAGACGGGGAGUUAGGCUUGUCUUAAUAUCCUUGAAGGGUUCCUGAGUUCUUGCUCCGUCAAAUCCUGACAAGAUACUGUCCUAGGUUUCUGUCAGUUCAAUGAUACUUCCUGGCUUUUUAAAUGGUAUCUGGAUGUGUGUUUUGCUUGUAUUAAGACUAGAUUCAUUUUGUUGUUGAAUGCAUUUCUCAUGUACUGGAGAUUGCACAAAUCACACUCUUUAGGGUUCUUAAUUUCUCAAAUUCACGUCUUCUGAAUCCAGAAAUUGCUUGUUAUGACUGAUAUAGUGCUACUUAUAAAGUAAAUUGAAUGAAUAAGCGUUGUUUGCUUUUGUGCUA